AGUUAUAGAAUAGACACGUUGGAAAGAUGGAAAGUCUAGCCUCUGAAGCUAACAUUUACUGCCACAUCUCCAAAUUGUGACGUCAUCAUCGGAUAGAAAACUUUCAGAUUGUGUCUAUUUUAGGAGGAUAUGAAUUAUUAUUCAUUAAAAUGGUAAACUUCAGCUGCGCUCCCGCUAAAAUAGACACAAUCUGCUAUGGAAAACAGAAAAGUUUUCUUUCUGAUGCUGAAGUCACGAUUUGGAGAUAUGGCAGUAGAUGUUGGCUUCAUCGACUUUCAGUAUGAAUAUACAAUAGGCCGUGUUAUUCUAUAACUAAGCUUUCAACGGAAACAUCAACAUUGAAAAUUGUAACACUUUUAUUAUUUGGAAUCAUCUCAACUCGGUUUUCCUAUUUUUUCUGGACUAACACCAAAAUUGUGACGGUAGAAAUUUAAUUUUGAAGAAACUAUCAUUCAAUAAUAAUCCAGUUUCUUUGAAUUCAUCAGCGCCUACUUAUUAAAACAACUUGGUAUAAAAAGAUGAGUGACAAAAAGACAGUGAUAAAAAAUGCUGACAUGACAGAAGAAAUGCAGCAAGAUGCCGUAGACAGCGCUGUGCAGGCCUUGGAGAAGUUCAACGUCGAAAAGGACAUAGCCGCACAUAUUAAGAAAGAGUUUGACAAAAAGCACGGCCCAACCUGGCACUGCAUUGUCGGCAGAAACUUCGGCAGCUAUGUCACUCACGAGACGCGCCACUUCAUAUACUUCUAUCUGGGACAGGUAGCUGUCCUCUUGUUCAGAAGUGGAUAAUCUCAAAUUUACAAAUGAAGAAGGCCACGCUAUCCUCAACUUUAUCUGUAACUUCAAAUGGAUAAUGGACUUCUGAGUCAUCUUAUGACAAAUCUACCAAACUUUUUGUACUUGAAUUUACCAGUUUUGUGCUGUGAUUAACUUGAAAUUACAGAGUGAGAUGUUUGUAAAUUAAAUAAGAUCAAUCUAUAUAAAA